AAAAUCGCAAAAAAACUCAAAUUAAGCAACGAUAAUGGCGAAAAAUCGCGCCGAGAUGCGGCACAAGUGAAGACAAACGAAGUGUACGCGUAAAUGUGAUGUAAACGGUGCACAUAUGUUCAAGGCUGCAUUCAUCAGUAGUUUUGUAACAACAAUAAUAAAAACACAGCGAAUGCAUAAUAGUUGUUCUAAUAGAAAAAGAUGAUGUGAACAGAAAAAAAACAGUGAAUUGCAUGCGAGUGCAAGAAAAACAAAGAGUCAGAGUGUUAUGAGAGUAAACUACUUUAGUGAAAAUCACCGCAAAGUCCAACACGAAACAGAAGAAGAAGUAGAAAUGGUGUGUGCAGAAUGUAGAAAAAAAAUUGCGUCUUAUUUAUUUGGAACGAUGCUCUAAAUAAGACCUGACAAAACUUGGGUGCAAAAAAAAUUCAUGCAAUUCCUCGACAUAUAAUUUCAAAAAAUAAUUUCACACAAAAAAAAAAUCGUCGCAGGCGAGACUAUUUAAUUCAGACGAGACGGAGACGAAUAAAAAUUGACGUCCAAUAACAUUAAUUAAAAAAAAAGGGAUUUAUUAUAUCACGGCUUUUGUGGCUGUGAAACCGUUUUUACUGGUGUACACCGAUUAACUAUUAUUAUCAUACUCUUUACUCUUUAGAUAAGAAAAAAACACAACAAUAACAAUAAAUAAUAAUAAAAAUAAAAAAAAACCAACACAACAACAACAAAAAAAGAUUCAUCGCCUUGUAGUCUACAAAAAUCGAUUUACAAAUACAUCCAUCAGAGUUAUUUCUAAAACAGCAGUCGAGAACGACGAAACGUUCGUUGUCAUUUUGUAGUUUUACAUGCAAAGAAGUUUGGUCGUCGUACUCGCGUCGUCGUGCUAAAAUAAAUAAAUAAAUAUUUAGAAUAGCGAAAUUUAUUAAAUAGGAAACGAAACUGAUCAAACAAUCAACAAAGCCAGACAAAGGGAAAAACUUUUCAUGUCAGCCAAGUGAUUGCUGCCUGUACGUUGAAAGAAAAAAAAACGAAAACUUCUGCACUGCUGGACAGCAAACUUUAUAAUUUGAGACUCUCGUAAUCAUAAAGCUGCGAAACUGCAAACUCCAAGCGGGAACAGCACGCGAAGGAAAGCGUUUCUUCACUUUCCUUUCCCAUUUUGUAAAUUACCCAUCUUCAGAUUUUGCUUCAACAUUUUCGGUCUGGACGGUAAUCAAGAGCCUCAGGAGGGGCCUGCCAACGGGCACGCGAACGGCGAGAAGCACCAAACAAGCAACGGGGGCAAUAUGGUGAAAACCUUUCAAGCUUAUUUACCGCCAUCCAAUCGAACGUACUCCUGUGUGCACUGCAGGGCACAUCUCGCUAGUCAUGACGAAUUAAUUUCCAAAUCCUUCCAAGGGAGUCAAGGUCGAGCUUAUCUAUUCAAUUCGGUUGUCAAUGUUGCUUGCGGUCAAGCGGAGGAACGUGUGCUUCUGACUGGAUUGCAUGCCGUUGCCGAUAUUUAUUGCGAAUGCUGCAAAACGCCCCUCGGAUGGAAAUAUGAACACGCUUUCGAGUCAAGCCAAAAAUACAAAGAAGGCAAAUACAUCAUAGAACUAGCACAUAUGAUAAAGGAAAAUGGAUGGGAUUGAUCUCCGAGUAAACAUUAGUGUUAACUAUUAUAUUUAUUUAAAUGUUUAAGAAAUUUUGCUGACGCGCGCGUUUAGUUAAAUAUUUGUAUUUUUUUGUAGUAUAAUUUGCCAUCAUAGUCAGUCAUAACAAAAAACUUCAACAAACGUAAAAAUUAAUAAUAUUGUUAAUCACUUUUUUAUAUAAAAAAAAAACAAAAAAAAAACGAAGGAAAAAAAAUUUCCAUAAAAAAUUCAUGACGAUUCAUCAAAAGAAAAUUUUUUUA